GGACAGAGCAGACUGCUGGGCUCAUGUUAUCACCCAUGGGUGGCCAUUAUCUAGGUGUAUCUAGUCUGCAACUAGUCCAAACAUAACAGGAAGAGAAAUGAUGCAAAACAGUGAAACAACUGCAGGACAGCCACAGUAUGGACAGAGGAUGAUUUUUACAGGUCCAGAUGGAAUCGGAGACUAUAUGCCAAGAUCCAAUUACUUUACCCGGUACAUCGGUGUGGGUGCCACAUCACCUGAGGCCACAGGUGACCUCAGUUACCUGUGCCGAGCUCCACCAGAUGCCCUCCCACCCAUUCCCAGGCAGAGCUAUGUGGGGGAGGUGGGCUGGGGAUGGCAAUAUAACCAGCUGUUAAACAGUGGGACGCUGCUCAGCAAUAUGCAAAUUAAGAAAACAGACAUACGGGCAUCGUUGGAGAACAGAGUCACUCAAAAGUUUCAGAGCACAAACUCAGCUUAUAGCAGAGGAGGGACAAGAGUGAAGGUGAAGGGCCCAAAUGAGACUGGAAACACAAGCUGAAUCCUCUCCAUGAAACCAGCAUCCUGUUCAAUUCCCCCUCUGGCCAUCCUUUCCCCAGUGCUUCCGUUGAAUUAAUGAAGUCCAGAAACCUGUACCACUGUCCAUAUCAUUACAGGAACCACAGGAGGAUGCAGCUCAAAGAGUCACUGCAGUGAGACAGCAUCCUCCCUCUGAGUCUCAUCUCCCUCAGUUUUUCAGGUGUUAGCCACUUUUAUUCUUAAUAA